AUGGAUCCCGAAAAACAGCAGCUCAGGGCUCAUCAGAUGCCAGACUUCGAGGCCCAGAUUCCCAAGGCUCCCGAGCCCAACUGGAUUAAGCGAGGACUCGUUGCUGCCGUCUUUGGUAUGGCUCUCUUUAAGAUGUCGCAUAUUUCUCGAGAGUAUUAUGGCUCCCGAUCCGACAUUCUGGGAUUCAAGCCCAUCGAGGGCAAGUGUCCUUCUCAGCCCAAGCUCGUUCCUCAGGGCUACUCCAACUUGGACUUCAUUCUUCACGAUGACGACUUUGCCAAGGGAGAGCUUAAACGGUUCCAGGGCGCCAUCCAGGUCCCGACCCAGUCAUACGAUGACCUAGGUCCUGUUGGAGAAGACGACCGAUGGGACAUCUUCUACAACUUCUCUUCUUAUCUCGAAACUGCCUACCCUCAGGUCCACAAGCACAUGACUGUGGAGAAGGUUAACACCCACGGUUUGAUUUUCACCUGGGAAGGAUCUGACUCCAGUCUCGGACCUCAAUUGAUCAUGGCUCACCAGGACGUGGUUCCCGUCAACAAGGAGACUGCUAAGCAGUGGACUCACCCUCCUUACUCAGGUCACUUUGACGGCAAGUACGUCUGGGGACGAGGCUCUGUCGAUACCAAAAACUCGCUCAUUGGUUCUCUGUCUGCGGCAGAGUUGCUUCUGGAACAGGGAUUCAAGCCGAAGCGAACCCAUGUUUUCUCCUAUGGCUUUGACGAGGAGAUCUCCGGACCCAACGGAGCCAAGAACAUGGCCAAGUUCCUGGUUGACAAGCAUGGAGAGAAGUCUUUCUUUUCAGUUGUAGAUGAAGGCAGCCUAGUGGUUGAGGAGGACAACUACGCCAUGCUUAUUGCUGCCACUGGCGAGAAGGGCUAUGCUGACAUUCAAAUUUCUGUCUCUGCUCCAGGUGGACACUCCUCUAUGCCCCCUCCUCAUACCGGAAUUGGUAUUGCUGCCCAGAUCAUCAACGAGCUGGAGGACACCCCCUACCGACCGGAACUAACCCCCGAGAACCCAAUCUUCUAUACCAUGCAGUGUGUGGCUACCCAUGACAAGUCCAUCUCUCCAAAGCUGAAGUCCUUGAUCCAGCGGGCUGGAAAGGACCGAUGGGCAAACAGAAAGCUCGUCGAGAUUCUCUACGGGAAUCCCAAGUACAGAGACUUGAUCCGAACUACCCAGGCCAUUGAUCUCGUCACUGGAGGUGUCAAGGCUAACGCUCUUCCGGAGACCACCGUUUUUGUCACCAACCACCGAAUUGCCAUUGAGCAUAAGGUCGAGGACGUCCAGAAGAAGGCCACCGGCAACGCCAUUAAUAUCGCCAAGAAGAACGGCUUUUCUGUCACUGCCUUUGGAAAGGAAAUCAUCCCCGAAGACAAGGACUCCAAGGGCUCCAUUGAGGUUGGCUUCUUUGGCGCUCCCCUGGAGGUUGCGCCCCGAGCUCCUACUUCUGGACCCACCUGGGAUCUCGUAAUGGGAACCGCUAUGCACGUUUUCCGAGAUGCAGUCUUCCCCGAGUCGAAGGACGUCUUUGCUGCUCCUGGUAUCAUGACUGCCAACACUGAUACUAGACACUACUGGAAGCUAUGUGACGCCAUCUACCGAUUCAAUCCUGUGCGAGAGACCGCCGCUUUUGGAAUCCACACUGUCGAUGAACAUAUUGAGUACCAGGCUCAUCUCGAGACCAUUGCCUAUUUCUACGAGCUGGUUCGAAACUCUGGAGGAGAGAACCAAAGAUGA